AUUUGUUUUUGUAUAAGCUUUGUUCACAAAAGGACCCCGGUUUAACUCCACAAUAGCUAAAUAAAAUUCCAAUGGAUUUGGAUAAGUAUAUAUAAAUGUUUCAAAGUAUUGGAAAUAGUCAUCAAAUAGGGAUGUGAAAAGAACACAGAAUAUUUCUGACGAUAGAGUAUAGGAAAAUGCAAGAAGUCAAUCAUUAUGUUAAUACGGAUUUAUAAGAUAUUCAUAUUUGUCUUAUGCAUACCAUCAACUUUGUUUAUAUUACUAGAACUAUAUCAGACACAAGACUCUUCUGGUCAACCAGAACAAUUAUCAGUUGGAUUCUCUAGAAGAGGAACAUUUAUUACUGGAAAUGGAAUAAAUGAACAUAAAGGAAAUGUUACCGAUAAUGAUGAAAAUAACACACAAAGAAAGAAUCAGACGACAAGGGAAACCAGUUCCAUAUUCUUGGAUUAUCAACAAGUUUGGAAAAGUGGUAAUUUCUCUAUGAACCAAUCGGUUAACAUUUCAGAAGUACGACCAGAUAAGUGUGAUGCAUGUUUUCCGCAAUCUUCGUACAUCUACAAAAAUGAUAAUUUGUGCUCAACGAAUAAUUCCACAACUCAGGUCAAGCUACUAAUAAUAAUUACAACUGCACCUCAUGAAAUGAUAAAUAGGACCGCAUUGCGGAAAACUUGGACAAGUAUUUCUAACAAGAACACAGGAGAACUGAGGUACGUUUUCGUAUUAGGGAAGCACGCUAAAGACCAGACGCGGAAUACGAGAGCUCUUAAAGAAGCUAAAAAACAUGGAGAUAUCCUCAUCAAAGAUUUCAUGGAUGUAUACGAGAACUUGACGCUAAAAACAAUGUCUGGUCUCAAAUGGGCAUCAGAUUUCUGCUCAAAUGCUAAAUAUGUUAUGAAAACUGACAUUGAUAUAUGGGUGGAUACUCCAAAACUUUUACAACUCAUCGACUCAUUCAAAAUUAAAAACGAAAUACUAGGAAAAUGCAUCCAGAAUCGUAUUUCACCAAUUAGGAAUGAGACAUCAAAGUAUUACGUCUCUCCUGUGCAAUACCCUCAUUUGACGUACCCUCUCUUCUGUACUGGCGGUCCUGGCUAUGUCACUACUAUGGAGGUUGUCAAGGGCAUUGUGAGAGUUUCACCAAAUAUACCCUUCUUCUUUUUUGAAGAUGUUUAUGUUGGACUUUGUAAUGAAGCAUUGGGAUACAAAGUACGCUGGAUGGAAGGAUUUAAAACCUUUAAAGUGAAACUUAAUGUGUGUUGGGUUAAAAAAAGAAUAAUUGCUUGUCACCGUUUAUCACCAAGAGAAAUGAUGAAAUAUUGGAACACAAAAUGUUUAAAAUAAAAAAAUUAACAUAAAAUCUGUACAAUUUUUAAAAGUUAAAUCAGAUUGAUUUCACAGCAAGAAUAUUUUUAAAAUCAUUCCAAAGUCAAACAUAUUUUGGGCACUUCACAAAAUCAGUAUAUUGACUUAAUCAUAACAAUUACAAAAGUUUUAAUUCUAUGAAACUAUGAAACAGUGAUUGUUCUUAAUGUCCAGUUAAAAAGGUAUUCCAGGAAACCGUUUUCAGUUUCAAGAAUUCGCUAUUUUACCAAAAUAUUCUUUAAAAUUUCAAUGGAUUCUACGAAACAAAUUCUUGGGAAAUGAAAUCAUACAGAUUGACUAUGUAUUGUGUAUGAAAUUAUCAUAAUCUAGAAAAGUACUCUGGAGCCCGUUUCUCGAAAAUAUCGUCAAUUACGAUUAAAUACUAUCGAAAAAGCUGAACUUAUCACAUGAUAAAGACAAUUUGUUCAGAUGAUCCGUUCUCAUCACUCUCAGUAAUAUUCCAUGUUUGUCAUGGUACAAUUUUUUGAACACUCUGUUUUUGGACACCCUGUAGUAAUUUUCAUAUUGUCAUAUUGUCAUAUUGUUAUGGACUCCAACAUUUUUGUAACGGCGUUUGACGCUUGGUGGUAGGCGUUUGGCCUCUGUAACAAAUGGCAGGUGGUGACAUUUUGCAUAUUUGCAUUGUUUAAUUACUAGAUAUAGUAUUACAUUAGGGCCCAUGUAAUGUCCAUGUCAUUAGGCUUGAUUUUAUGCAGAUAAACCUGGAAGAUCAGGAAAAUAUAGGAAAGAC